AUGCCCGGAGACGAGACUGAAGAACACUGGUUCAGAGUGAUAAACAACAGUGGUGCAGCACAGAAGUAUAUCUUCUUUGCUCCACCUCCCAGCUCCGACUUUUUGACUCCUGCCUGGAUUGCAAGCGACAACAUUAACAAUGAGACGGUCUGGGAUAUCCACACCACUGCGUACCUCUAUGCCGGAGUUGGAACACUCGAAGGGAACCAUGUCAAUAUUGACGAAAGUCAUUGGUGGGAUUCAGGGAUUAGACUCGGAGGCCCAGAAAUAUUCAACCUUGUCUUCGAAGAAGGGGGUCCCAAGCUACAGGAGACAGGAGGAAACGCCCAGUCUCCGAAUACCUUUACUGUCGUCACCAAGGACAUCCCAAACGAUGACAAGACCUACGUGGUUGCCUUUGGAAAACGUCAACAACCAGACGAUCCCGAAGACCUCGGACCUGUUCACGCGUGCGCAGCGAUUCCCGUCAAGCAAAACAACAGUCACCAUGUGACCCCUAUUAUCCAGCUUCAUGUCUCCAACAUCCCCACGACCCCGGGCGACCUGGUCGAUUAUGGUGACUUCAAAGAGAAGUCUGCACACAUCAACUUUGCAGGCCAUACUGAGGACGCAGCUCUCUGUACCGUUCUCCACAAAACAGGCGAGGACACUAAUGCUGUAUGGGACACUGCUUACGAUAACACACUCCCUGAAUUUUAG